GGGCUGCGCUGCGACCGGAAGCGGAAGUGGGUUUUCAGCGGCGCUGGCCGCUCUGUACGCGCGCCAGGGUGAGGCGGGAUGGGUUCCAAGGCCAAGAAGCGAGUGGUGCUGCCCACGCGCCCGGCGCCCCCCACGGUGGAGCAGAUCCUGGAGGACGUGCGGGGUGCGCCCUCCGACGACCCCGUUUUCGCCGCGCUGGCCCUGGAAGGGUUGCGCGGCCAGGGAGGAGGUUUGGGGAGGCGCGACGCAGCAUCUGGCUCUGAGAGCGGCGUGGGAGCCAGCCUGCUCUGUGAUUCCAUCAUGGGGUCGCCGCCCUUUGCAGGAGUGGAGGCCGAUACCCAGGCAGGGCCUCAGGACGCAGACUCCCUAGGCCUCUCCGGGAGGGCGGAGGACACGGAGGCCCAGCGGGAACAGCUCUACCAGCAGAGCCGAGCCUACGUCACCAUGAAUCAGCGGCUGCAGCAGGCGGGUGCUGGGCUGAAGCAGAAGUGUGAGGAGCUGUGGCGAGCUGGUGAGGAGCUGGAACGCGACGUCGGCCAGAAGACAGACUUUCGGAAGACCAGGGUAACAGUGGCUGCAAGAGGCAUCACAGAAGCCAGGCUGCUUGGGGGUAUCCCCACUGAGCCCCUCAGGUGCAAUCUGCUCGGUACCUGGUCCCCUGCACAGUGCCUUUGUGAGCUGCCCCUCUCCUGGGGUCCCUGGAAGCUCUGGGGUGGCAUGGUGGGGCAUCCGGAGGUGUUUCUCUUUCCCUGAAGAAGGGGAGUCUGCUUAAGCCUGAGAGACCCCUAAAACUGGGAACCAGAAAGGAGGCCUGGGGGCACAGGUGUACAGAAAGCCCAGGCUUGGCUCCCGAGAUGGCAGUGGACGCCAAGACCGCCCUGUCCAGGCUGGGCCCCCUCGCGCAUCAGCACCCUUCCACAGCUAACAGCUCGCCCGGUGCGAGGCGCUUCACCCCUCCCUGCUUGGCCCUGGUCUCCGGGCGCUGCCUGACUCUGGGGUGCUGUCUGCUCUCCGGAGCCCCCCCAGGGGUCAGGCGGGGGCGCGCUUGCUGACCUCCCUGUGCUGCCGUCCCGGGGCCAGGCCACACUCCAGCUCUGCCUCCAGGGACCUGGCCGAGGAGGAUUUCUGAAAGGUGUCCUAGUGUGUCGGCUCCUGGCGGAGGCCAGGCCCCUCCAGCCCCACCCCACCCGCACCCGCUUGGAAAGAGCCACAGGCAGCGGGGCGCGGUUCGACAGCUGGGUUUAUUAAAGGUGCGCGUAAGAC